AUGGCACAAGCAAACGGAGUCAAUGGCACAAACGGUCACGCGAGUGCUCGCCGAACGUUACUUCCGGGGAUCUACGCCCCAACUAUGACCUUCUUUGAUCCUGGUACUGAGGAACUCGAUAUACCAACCAUCAAAAGACAUGCCAUUCGUCUCGCAGAAGCUGGUCUCGUUGGUCUCGUAACCAUGGGAUCCAAUGGCGAAGCAGUACACUGUUCAGUUGACGAGAAAUGUGCAGUGACGAAAGCUACCCGCGAAGCUCUCGAUUCUGCAGGUUUCGACAAAAUUCCUAUCAUAGUUGGUGCCACCGAAGGCUCAGUACGAGGAACACUUUCCUUGAUUGCAGAGUCCGAAAAGGCGGGUGGAGAAUAUGUGCUCCUUCUUCCCCCCUCUUACUUUCGCGGUUUCAUGGAUGAGGAUGCGGUUUAUAAUUACUUCAUUGAAGUAGCCUCCGCUUCUGUCCUCCCUAUCAUCCUAUACAAUUAUCCCGGUGCCGUAGCAGGUAUUGAUAUGGACUCAGACCUACUCAUCCGGCUAGCCAAACAUCCCAACAUCGUCGGGACCAAGUUCACAUGUGGAAAUACUGGCAAACUCACUCGUGUUGCCUUCGCUACCAACGCCAAAACUCCUUUCAGUGAAGGGAGUGGAUACAUGGCAUUCGGAGGCAUGUGUGACUUUACUGCCCAAACUCUCAUCUCUGGAGGCUCAGGUAUCAUCGCUGGAGGCGCAAACGUGAUGCCCAAGGUCUGCGUCAAGGUCUGGAAUUUGUACUCGGAGGGCAAAAAAGAGGAGGCGUUUGAGUUACAGAAGGUUCUCAGCAAAGGCGAUUGGGUGCUAACAAAGGCGGCAAUUGCCGGAACGAAGGGUGCCAUUCAAAGUUAUUAUGGGUAUGGAGGGUUCCCAAGACGGCCAUUGAAGAGGAAUGAUGAGGUGAAGACCAGCGCUAUCAAGGAGGGGAUUGACGAGGUUAUGAAGGUCGAGUUCGGUUUAUAG